AUGUCAGAAGCCUACGAGCGCGAGCGCCAGAACAACGCCCGCCUGGACGAGCUCUCCGCCAAGGUCUCCGCCCUCCGCGGUGUCACUGUCGACAUCUACGACAACGCGCGCGCCCACGAAGUCAUCGACAGCACUUCCGAAACCUUUUCCUCCAUGUCGACCCAGCUCAAGGGCUCCGCCGGCCGCUUAACCCGCAUGGCCGCCUCCGGCAACAAGGUCGCCAUCCUCAAGCUGUCGGGCAUCAUCAUCGGCAUCUUUAUCGUCCUGUUUUACAUCUCCAAACUCUUCUUUUGA